AUGAACCUGACCGAGUUUAACCAGUCUAAUCUCUGUGUCAAUUUCUCCUGUCCAGAGAGAUCUGUAUCUCCUGCAGUUUAUAUCUUACUGUACGUGUGUUCAGCUGCUGUGGUUCUUCUAACAGUGUGUGGAAAUCUGCUCAUCAUCAUCUCUGUUCUUCACUUCAAACAGCUUCACACUCCAACCAACAUCCUCGUUCUCUCUCUGGCUGUGUCGGAUUUCUUUGUGGGUGCUUUUGUGAUGCCGCCGGCAUUAAUCUGGACGAUGGAGUCAUGCUGGAUCUUUGAUAUGGGUUACUGCAUUUGUUUUUUGAUGACCUCUUAUUUUCUAACAAGUCUGUCUAUCUAUAAUGUCGCUCUGAUCGCUGUGGAUCGCUAUCUGGCUCUUUCAAACCCCUUCCUCUACGCAAACACAAUCUCCAGUAGGACAAUGUGUACUGUGGUUUCUUCUAACUGGGUUGUGUGUCUGGUGUAUACCACAGCAUUUUAUUACUUUAAUGGAAGCUUUUCAAGCUAUUUACGGUGUCCUGAAGAUUGUUAUCUUUUCCUGAAUGAGGUUUUAUUUGCAGUUGAUCUUGUUGUAACAUUUAUAUUUCCACUUUCUGUCAUAAUCAUAUUGUACAGUCGGGUUUUUCUGAUCGCUAAGAAACACGCCACUGCUAUCAGAGAGCUUAAUAAUCACACACGACCUCAAACACAGAAAAUCACCUCCCACUCCAUGAAAUCUGAGAGAAAAGCAGCCAAAGUCCUCGGUAUUUUAGUGUCCGUGUUUCUGGUUUGUUUACUACCGUAUUUUAUUUACAGUUUAUUAGGUGACGUUAUUGAACUACAGAGAGAAACUUUUCAGAAGCUUGCGAUUGUGCUUUAUCUGAAUUCCUCCAUUAAUCCGAUUAUUUACGCUCUGUUUUAUCCGUGGUUUAGGAGGUGCAUUAAAUUCAUUAUAACUCUGAAAAUAUUCCAAACAGACUCUGCAUUAAUCAAUGUACUUUCAUAA